AACGAGCAAAACAAUAAUGGAUAACAAUGACUUUUGUACAUAUGUACUUUUAAUAAUGGUUGUAUUUUAAUAAGAUUUAUGGCGUUGAAAAAGAAAGGAGUCAAACGCGCCAGGCGUGCGUUAAGCCUACAACAAAAAGAAAAGAAUAACCUAACGUCAGAGAAGGAAAGGAUCAGAAAUACGUAUGGGAAAAAACUUGAAGAAUGUCUGAUACGAGGAUUGGAGGAAAUUCAGAAUGAUUCGCCAGAUGUUGACAUGUCCGAAUGUGACGUGAAGAUUCUUACAAAUAAUAUAUGUGAUGUUUGUCAUGAUUACUAUGGAUACGAUCGCAGAAGAUUCAAACAAAGAAUGUUCGAAAUAUAUGUUAAUCUCAAACGAGAAAACAACCAAGAUCUCAGAAGGAAGAUUUUAACAAAAGCAAUGUCUGUUUUGGAUCUUGUAGAAGCUGAUACAAUACAGCUGGCACCAGAAGAAUUAAAACAUAAGCGGCAGAUAGAGGUUGAGCGUCAUUACAUAAGAAACGUUAUCCUGCCGACGGAACUUCCACAGGAUCCAACAUCAAGUACAAGCGCUUCAAUAAAUGACAACUCGGUGUUGGAUGGAGACGAUGGUAGUACCACGCUUGCAUAUAAAAACAAUUCCUUUUCAGCUAAUGAUAGCUCCCGUAGUAUUGAUACCCAUGGAUCUAGCUCGCCAUCCAGCAAUGAAAGUGACUACUCUACAGAGUCAUAUGAUAGCCUUAGUGAUUCGGAUGAUGAAGAAGCCAACCAGAAUAGCGUAGAUAACAAUGAAAACUGGAGUGCAGAUCAACAAGGGUCUAAUCAAUCUGAUAUCGAAGAAGAAAGUGGAACGUUAGAUCCGCCAGCAGUAGAGUUUAAGGAAGAAUAUUUCAACAAUGUCUUCUCCCAAACUAUCCAUCCUUCCGUUGGAAAUCAGACAGAAAAGAGUGAAGACGAUAUUGAUGAAAACAAACACCAACUUGAUACUCAAGACUGGUCAUACUUUACGUUACAAAAAACCGUGGAAAGGAUUGGAAAUUUGCUGGAUGGGCUACCGGGAUAUAUAGCAAAACCGUUUAGGGUUCCAUUAAAAUGUGGACAUAAAAGAAUUAUGCUACUUAUGCAAAGAUCGCACAUUCUUCAGUACAAUUAUAAUGACACUGAUCAACCAUAAUUUGUAUUUGGCGGGCAUUAAUGUCAAUGAUCCACUGAACUGUGGCACGCGCUGUAGGCUAGGCGUC